GGGAAUUAAUCCAAAUAUAUUGUUUAUUUUUAUUGUACCUUUAUUUCCCGAGAAUCAGUGACUGCUUUAACGACACUUGUAUUCAAAUGAGCGAAAAACGCCAUUGAAGUCACCGAACCGUUGUCGUUUAACUCAAUCGACUAUCAUUCAUUCGCCUAUUUUUGAAAGGAGUCAGUUUCACAUUGAGCGAAAUUCAACCAUUUUAAAAAUGGCAAACAGACCCAUGGGUUAUGGAUACACAGCCGAAACAGCAAGGAAUAUUGAUGCAAAAUACGACUUGGAGUCAGAGAAGGAAGCCUUGGAUUGGAUCACAGCGGUGCUGGAGACAGGCAACACUAGUGAGGAAAAGGAUCUGGCCAAAACGUUGGUGGGUGUCAAAGGCCCAGAUGACGUACAGACAGCACUGAAAGAUGGUGUCAUUUUAGUCCACGUUAUGAACAUCCUUAGCCCCAGUUGUAUUGGGAAAUGUCACCCUGCAUCUGCCAACAAGUUCAAGCAUAUGGAGAAUAUUGCCAACUUCUUAAAAGAAGCCGAGGAUUAUGGAUGCGCUAGAGGCGAUUUAUUCCAAAGCGUGUUUUUACAAGACGGACAAAACAUGGCUGCAGUCGUGGGUGGAAUUCAUGCCCUGGGGAGAAAAGCGCAGGUGAAUGGGUUUAAAGGCCCUGCACUAGGACCGAAAGAAUCACAAGCUAAUCCUCGAGAAUUUUCUGAAGAACAAUUGCUUAGUGGCAGAGUACAUGGCAUCUAAUGUUAAAAUGAGUGUUCUGGCAACCCAAGGUCCAGGGGUCGAUGUGACGUCAGUUUUGACUUUCAUAAUAAUAUUUCUAUUUAAAGGUUACCUGGUAAAGAAUUUGGACAUUUCUAAAUUUAAAAACUUUAAUCUGUAGCUUCUGGUUUCGACCAGAUAUCUCAAAAAUUGAUUGAGCACUCUGUGUCUAUUCUUAUGUGUUCAACUAUAGUUAGUUGACCAAAGGGUCGAAUCAGCGAGUGUUGUCUUCUAGAAAUCGUAACAUUUGUGGAUUAUCAUUAAACAUUUGUGGAUUAUCAUCUAUUAUUAUUGGAAACGAACAUU